AUGACCCUAAGUGGUUGGCAAGACACGGAAGAUUGCCAGGAACUGGAAACGGCGUUUUACGAUCGGGCUCUGGCUAGUCUUGCUGUGCAGGGAUUUAGCAAGGCGGUCGGGAUGUUGCUGUAUGGUGUGGAGCGGCUUCUCAAGUUCAAAGACGAACGAGCCGAGCACUAUCUAGAUGGGUAUCUUCGAGGUUUAUCUUUCAUGAACGAUUUCGUGUUCUAG